AUGGCGGACGUCCGGUCCAAGAACAUUUACGAGCUUCUUGGCAACGACCCUGAGCUCGAUCCCAAUCGAGAGCCGGAACCUCCAGUUCAGGUCGUCGACAAGAACGCUCCUCGCCGUGGCAAGCGCGACGGUCCAAGCGAGCCUCGCGACACUGUUGCUCCUCCUCGUGGCAACCGUGGACCCAGACUCCCUGGAAACGAGCAAGCAUUCCGUGACCGCAAUGCUGGAUCUCAGAACAACCGCAACCGGCCAACCGAUACCCCCAGUGACCGCGCUCCGCCAGCUGCCCAUAGAAACCGUGAUACCCGCGGUAACAACAUUCGGGAUGACCGUCAAUCUCGCACCGACAGAACUAUUACAGAGAAGCAGGUCGAACAGGGCUGGGGUUCUCGCUCUGGCGAGUCUGCUUUGA